CCUCCCAGAUCAACCUGGACCUUAUCCUGUCCCCCCUUCCUCCCGAUCAGUCUGAUCCUAUCUUAUCCUAUUCCUUCCACCCCCGAUCAGCCUGAUCCCUUCCCCCCAGAUUAACCUUGCCUGAUUCUGUCCCCACUUCCCUUCCAGAUCAACCUGGGCCUGAUCCUGCCCCUCCCAGGUGCCUGACAGCACUACAACCCUUUCCUCCCCCCUCCAACCCCCUCCCCUGUUUUUUUUUGCAGAACUGAGUGGAGCCUGCACUGCCCAGCUACCAGGGAGCUACCAGAGUCCUCCCCGUAGGUGCGCUUCACCCACCCGUGCCCCAGGGUGACUCUGCCCCCAGCCCAGGUAAACAAAGAGCGGCUGCAGUGCCAAUAGCAAGGCCAGCCGGACGGAGCAGCCUGCAGCAGGUGCUGUCCAGCUUCGCAGCCAGGACAAAAGGGCGCUCAAAAGGGGUAGGUGUCCCGUGACGCGAGUGUGAAGCAGGCCAGUAAGGGGGACCCUGCAGAGUGGAGAGUUGGGUACAGGGCAGGCAGAGACUAGAGGGGGGGAAGUUGGAGACUAGAGGGGAAGAGAUGGUGUCGUAGUGGGGUACGUAGGCAGGCUAGGCACAACCGGGAUAGACAGCCUGGAAACAGGGUGCCCAUAGGCAUAAAAGGUUGGGAGGGAAGUCCUGAGUAGGCUGUGGCUGGCUGGGAAGUGCCCUUAGGAGUGGGGUGCAACUUCUGAGGGUUUGGCCAGAGAAUAGACAAGAAUAUGCUCCUUCACCCCAUGGUGUUGGCCAUUCGGCGGCGACGGGCUGCCCAGGGGGAGCCCCGGACUCAGGCUCUGGCCUUGGGUCCGGCUCGUUCCCUGCCCCAGCCCCGAUCUCAGUCCCACCCCCACGCGCAGACCCUGGGUCCUUCUCGCCAGCAGCUUCAGGCCCGGACCCAGGGUCCAGCUCGCCCACAGCCUCAGACCCAGGCCCAGGGCUUGGGUCCUGCUCGCACCCAGCCUUUGGCUCAGGCCCCGGGUCCAGCUCAUCUCCAGGCCGCAGCCCAGGCUCUGGCCUUGGGUCCAGCCCGGCCCCAGCCUCGUGCCCGAGCCCGGGCCCGGCAACAGGCCCAGGCUCGAGUAUACCAACCACACCAGACCUUUGAGGGGCUCAGUGACCGGGUCUGCAUCCAGCGGUACCGACUCACAGCAGAUGCUAUGUAUCAUUUGUGUGAUCUGCUGCGGGGUAGCCUGGGAGCAUCUCAGAAUACCAACUUUGCACUCUCAGUCCCAGACAAGGUCAGUACUGCCCUUGCCAUUCUGGCCUCAGGCUCUUUCCAGAGGUUUGCUGCCCAGACCACAGGUGUUGGCCAGUCCACAGCCUCUAGGGUUCUCGGCCAGUUCCUGGAGGCCCUUAUCCCACAUACCCCAGAUUACAUCACCUUCCCCACGGACCCCAGCACCCAAGGACAAACCAUGCGGGACUUUCUUGAGAUCGCAAACAUCCCCCAAGUCCUGGGUGCUGUGGAUGGCACAUAUGUGAACAUCAAGAAACCUGCGCAAGACUCCCACACGUUUGUGAACAGGCACCGCACGUAUGCCAUGAAUAUGAUGGUGGUCAGCAGCGCCCGCCUUGAAUUCACCGAUGUCCUGGCCAGGUUCCCUGGCUCCAGCCAUGAUUCCUCCGUGUGGUCCCAGUCAGCUCUCCUCAGGCGAUUCCGCCGCGGAGAGUUCACACCUGGGUGGCUGCUAGGUGAUCACAGCUACCCCCUCCAGCCAUGGCUCCUCACUCCACUGGCGCAUCCCGAGGGUGAUGCUGAGCUGCAAUACAACCAUGCCCAUAAGCGCACCAGGUCAGUUGUGGAGAGAGCUGUAAGCCUGCUCAAAAUGCGCUGGCAGUGUCUCCAUGCAUCUGGUGGCACAUUACAGUACAGCCCUGAGAAGGUCAAUAGGAUUUUCGUGGCAUGUUGUGUUUUGCAUAACAUAGCCAUACGACGUGGGAUUCCUCUGCCAGAGGGGUUGGAUGUGGAUGAGGGGAAUGAAACAGACCUGGAGGAGGCAGCAGAGGACAGCAGCCGUGAACUGGGGACCUCUGGGUACACAAGCCUGGAGGAAUUAGAAGAGACUGAUGAGGAGACAGAAGGCACCACACCCCUCAGACAAGUCAGGCAAGCGUGCCGGAGAAGGGCUCUCAGACACCGUGUGGAGAAACAGCGUGGAAGGACAGUGCGGGCUAGGCUGAUCCAGGAGAUGUUCGGGUAGCCCUUGGCACAGCACACUAGUGAUGUCUGGCCAAACACCUUUCACACCAGAUUUCUGUGUAAGAUCCUUCAACAGCGCUACCCAGCCAUAACACUGUGGGGAUGUGCAUCACCUGUGGAACUCAUGACACUGCCACUCUUCUUGGACUGGAAGGCGAGCUCUGGAAAAUGGGGAAAUGGGAGUGGGAAGAGGAUUUAGGGUCAGACCCAGAGAGCUCAAAGCCAGUGCCUGUGAAUGCAAGGUGCCAUGUGCCUGAUAAAUGUCUCCCGGUUAAAACUCCCUGUGCCUAUUGCAAGCUCUGGACCUCAUCUUGGCCUAUAACCUCAGGUCUUUUAAUUUCUUCUGGCUCAGUGGUUUGUCCCUGGCUGCCCUCAAUGUCAGUUUGCUGCUGCUGCUUUUCUCUUAGGCAGUCAUACUCCGCUGGGGUGAUGUGCAUCACCCAUCCCUCUGAAGUCCCCCAGGUGCUAAGCCAUAAAAGUAGCAUAUGGGGGACAAAAUUGGGUGAUGUGGGGGGCCUGCUGUGCCCUCUUUUCUGUGUAUGAUGCGUGUCUCCCUCCAUGGCAGAAGCCCCUUGGCAAUGGGUCAAGAGCAAGGGAAAUCAGAGAAAGUUGCUGAGAUCUGUGCAGAAGAGAAACCUCUAAGCUGGAGGUGAGAGAGGAAUGGGAGCCAAAGUAAAACUGUAGGGUCCUGGAUUCAGCAGCUACAUUUGCUUGCCUUCCACUUUAAAGCAUUUCCAGCAGUGCUGGGAUUACCCUUAAGAGCAGUGGUUCUCUAUCUUUUUAUACUCUAGGCACCCCCUGUUUGGCUUGAACCCAUUGUUCAGCUCAAGACACCCCUAGGAGAAUGACAGUUCUUACCUUUCACUCAAUUUUUUUGACUACAGAAAAAUAAUAGAGCAAUUUUUCUGUUGCAAAGAACUUAGAAAGACCACAGUAGGUCAAAGCUGUUAACACUGUAGAUUUUUAUUUGAGAGCUCUGGGUUUAUCUUGUGAAUCAUGUUUGCACCCCCAACAGUGCUAACAUUGCAUGGCUCCCUUGAAAGCAUCUCAAGGCACCCUAGGGUGCCAUGGAACACCAGUUAAGAAUCACUGAUUUAGAGUGUAUUGAUUAUGAUUCAUCUUGAACAGGCCAACAAGCUUCUGGGAGAAAUCCCCUAAAGAAGGUAUUUCCCUAAUAAGCUCUCUUAGUUAAAAGAUUAUUCAAGUUAUAGUAUAAGACUUCAAAAAUGAGUUAGCUGUGCUAUUUUUAGAUGUGCAUGGAAAUAAAUACUGUGUUUUCUAAACCAGUGUCACCAUUCUUAAUGUUUGGUUUAUGUAGAUGGUGACAGUAGGGGAAGUCAAGAGAAUAUGGGGCAAGACACAUUUGGGAGGAAGAUCAGGGAAGAGAAUAUGGGAAGUCAAAAGCAUCUUGGCUGUUUCUCCAGCUAGUAGUAGAAAAUGGAUGACUCAUUCCCCUAUUGUAGUGGUGAUCUUCAUUUGAGCAGUCAGGAAGAGAUGUAUAUUUGUGUAUUGAUUAAAGGUUUAUAUUUCAACCUUAUGUUACCAUAUACACCCCCAAAAAAGUUAGAAGAAAAUUAAAAAGUAAAACAAA